AUGACGAAGCGUGUGGUUGUGGCCUCCGGCUACUUCAACCCUUUGCACUACGGACACGUUUCCUACCUGGAGAAGGCCAGGGAUCUUGGAACGAGCCUGAUCGUGAUUGUCAACAACGAUGGUCAGGCACAGCGUCGAUCCAAGAAGCCACAAGGCGGAGACCUGACGCUCCCUGCACGCGAGCGGGUAAAGUUGGUUAGGUCCCUGCAGUGCGUGGACGCCGCCGUUGAAGCGGUGGACGAGGAUGACUCCGUAGCAGAAACCUUGCAACUGCUGCAUCCGGACAUUUUUGCAAACGGAGGCGGACAGAUCCCGACGAAGCAAGAAGUCCAGGUUUGCCAAAGGCUGUGUAUUCAGAUGGUGGAUGGGUUGGGUAUCCAGCUCCUGUCGCUUGCACCGUUCACCCAGCACUACGAUUGGGGCAAACCACGAAACGAAAGCAUUAUAGCUGCACUUACCGGUCAGCAGAGUCCACAUCUGGCUGACGAGCCAGAUGCUCGAAAGCCAUUUGCCGAAAUGUGGAUGGGAGACCACCCAUCGGGACCGGCACGGGUGGUCAGUCCUGGAACCAGCCCUCGAAAUGCGGACAAAGUGGUCCACCGGAGCACUUCUUUGCAGGAGGUGUUUCACAAGACUCCUUCAGUCUUGGGGCCACAACUGCAAGAUACAAAGCAGCUGCCCUUUUUGCUGAAAGUCCUAUCCAUACAGAAAGCUCUAUCCAUACAGGCACAUCCUGACAAAGAGCUCGCAUCUCGUCUACAUCUGGAGAAGCCGCACAUCUACAAGGAUCCGAAUCACAAGCCAGAAAUUGCGAUAGCCUUGACGGAUGAUUUCCGGGCCCUGUGUGGUUUCCGAACAGUCUCUGAGAUUGUUCAAAUCUUGGAGUAUGUACCAGAAGCCAGCACCAUUAUCGGGAGGGACUGCCACGAGAGUCUGAAAGCUGCCAUCGGCGACAAAGCGGCAGAGUCUACGGCUCUCCAGAAUGCGUACACACGGCUGAUGCAUGCAUCUGAGAAGGAGAUUACAGAUCAGCUAGAGCUGCUGCAAGCUCGAGCCAAGCCGCCGGCAGAUGCACCUCCGAACAUUCAGGAUCUCUUCGAGCUCAUAAGUACCUUGCAGACGCAGUACGAGAACGAUGUAGGCAUAUUCGCCGCCAUGUUCAUGAACUAUGCCCGUCUCAAAGUAGGCGAAUGCUUGUACAUGGCACAGAAUGUCCCGCAUGCAUACAUCUCGGGAGACAUUGUUGAGUGCAUGGCUUGCUCGGACAACGUCGUCCGCGGUGGAUUGACGCCGAAGUUCAAGGAUCUGGAGGUCCUGUGCAGCAUGUUGCGCUACGAAGGUGGAGCUCCAGCGACAGUGAAACCUACAGAGCUGGAGGCCGGUAUCCGACUCUAUGCUGAUCCUGACAUCGAGGAGUUCCAAGUGAUACACCUACACUUGGAAGUCGGAGGUCGACAACAUCGACUGUUCAGUAGCGAGGGGCCUGCUAUGGCGUUGAACCUCAAAGGUCACGGCACCGUAACGAUUUCUGGUGAGACACGGGACAUCGGUCCUGGCAAGGUCUUCAUGUUGGCAGCAGGAGUGGAGCCCGAAAUUCACGCGAAGACUGAGAUGGUACUUCCAGGCUCCGCACUUCUCCCCGAUGCACAAGUAAAGCAAGGGGAAGAUGAACGCGGUCUGCAGAUCCUGAGUAUGCUGGCAUGGGUCGGGUCUGGUGGAAACCCAGACUACGGAACUGGCUUGACUGAAAGCUUUUGGGUUUCCUACAUACUGCUCGUGGACAUUGGCACGCAGACAGGCUUUGCAGCUGGAGAACGCGGCGUGGUCAGAGGAGUUGCAGUGGUCAUUUCCAUAGCUGGCUUCGUGUAUUGCCUGACUUUUCUGGGCAUGGUGGUGGAGCUCAUCCGAUCUCUCCUCCUUUUCUGGAAAGACAAAUACAGCAAGAUCGAUGCCCAAGGCCAUUGGUUAAUCCUCGGCUGGGGGGAUAAGACCCUGUUCCUGUUGGAGGAGCUGUUAGAGGCCGUGAGCAGCAAGGAAGAGGCAAAUGCCAGAUGCUGGUGGCCGCAUCGGCAACGAAUCGUCAUACUCGCUGAGAAAGGUGUGCGGGAAAUGCAGCGUGAAGUCCAGAUGCAUUUUCGGACCAAAGACCUCCAAGGUGCAUACCGGAAGCUGCGGUGCAUCUCCUACCGAGAGGGCUGCAGUGCCCACCGGGUCGAGCUGAUGAAGGUGGACGCCCCGCUGGCUGAGCACAUCCUGAUCAUGUGUACGAAUGAGACGGACAUCAGCUCGGACCAUGAAGCGAUCCGCACACUUCUGGCUUUGGGUGCGCCUGAGACAGAGACGAAGGCGGAUGUGUGGACAGAGAUGCACAAUCGUGAGAACGCCCGCAUUGUGCACACAAUCCUUCCAUCUGCACAAGGCAUCGUAGCCAGGCAUGCAGUGAAUCGCAUGAUCACUCUCCGAGCCCUGGUGCCAUCUGUGGGCUAUGCCUGGCUGAAGAUGUCCACAACCAGAUCGGGCACUCAGCUCUUCCUCGUGCCCGUGCCAGAAGCCCUUAUAGGCCUCCAGCUGCAGGAUGCCCACUGCUUCUUCCCAUACGCAGUGGUAUGUGGAGUGAAGCAGAGCGCUGACCACAAGAGCACACCUCUGAAAUUGGGGCAGCUUCCACAUAUUUUGGAAGAAGGCGACGAGCUGGUCAUGCUUGCUUCCAGCAAGUUCACUGCAAGAUGCUGCGACGCUCUUGAAGGUGGCAAGCGAAGUGAUUUCCGGCAGACGUAUGAGACGAAAAUCUCGCCAGAAGUCGAGCGAAACACGAACGAAAAAGUGCGGAAAAUGCACAACAGAGUUCUCAUGCCGGACGGCCAGAUCCGUCUUGGGCCAGCAGCAGAUGGUCCUCAAGUUGUGCUCGUUCUCGGCUGUCCAGAUGAUUUCUGUGACAUUCUGGACAUCAUUGACGGCUAUGUGAGCUCAUCUAGCCACAUCCACCUUCUCUCCACUCGACCUGUGCAGUGGCGACAGACGCAGCUGCGGCUAAACUUGGCCAGAUGGGGAAAGCUCUGCUUCGACAGGAUUACCGUCACACACCACGUGGGCAGUCGACGAGAUCCUGCUAUGCUGGAGAAGCUUCCUCUCGACAUCGCUGACUGCGCUUUGGUUCUUUCUGAGCGAGAAGAUUUCGGUGAGAAUGCCAUGGAUUCGGAUGCCAGGAACCUCACGAUUGCCAUCAACCUGAGAUAUGUCCUGGAUUGCAGGGCCGAUGCCAUCUCCCAGCAUCGGCUGAAAACUUACCGCAAGAAAUGCAAGAUCGUCACCGAGAUCCAGGACCCGAAGAGCCAGAUCGUUUUGGCAGAGAACAGCAGCGUUCGGAAGACAGGAUCUUUCGUGUUUACCUCUGCCACAGAGACCGGCGUCUUCGCUAUUGCGGUCUCCUGCAAAGCCGUGUACGACCUGUUUACGAAGCUGAUU